UGGAAAAUAUCGGAAAUGUUAGAGUACCGGGUGAAUGCCACGGUAGAUAGGGCGUUCCGACAUCCCCGCGGAUCCUUCACAGUCUACCGCGUAAUUAUCGAAAAGUCGUCGCAAGCCUUAGUUGAGGAACGGAUGCUCUUUAAACGGUACAGCGACUUCAAGCGCCUACACAAGUCCCUUCAGAGGGUUGUUAAGGAACUUGAAUAUGGAACACCCCUGCCCAGUCUGCCAAAAGAAACAUUUUUCAAUAGACUGGAUCCGGAAGUGGUGGAAUCACGUCGAGUCUUUCUUGACGCUCUCCUAAAAGUCAUUUGCUCAAAAGAGUGGUUAUUCUGCCACCAAACAUUUGCUAAAUUUAUCGUCGGUGGUGUGGUUCGGAGGACCGCUUUGCUGACCUGUGCACCUCCAACAGUCCCACCUCGAGACAUUCCGAACGACCUUCUGCACGCA